AUGGCUGAAGUUGGUGGAUCGUACAAGGACCCGUUGACCUGUGAGCAGAAGAAAGAGCUUCGCCAGAUCGCGCAAGCCAUCGUCGCCGACGGAAAGGGAAUCCUUGCCGCUGAUGAAUCAACCGGCACAAUUGGCAAAAGACUCUCGGCGAUCAACUUGGAGAACAACGAAGCAAAUCGUCAAAAGUACCGUCAACUUCUCUUCACCACUCCAAAUCUUGGGCAACACGUCUCGGGUGUGAUUCUCUAUGAGGAAACAUACAAUCAGAACACCGAUAAAGGCGAACGUUUUGUGGACUUGUUGAAAAAGCAAGGAAUCGUUCCCGGAAUCAAGCUCGAUUUGGGAGUUGUGCCAUUGGCGGGAAGUCUCGGCGAGGGAACCACGCAGGGAUUGGAUAAAUUGGCUGAGAAGGCAGCUGCUUUCAAGAAGGGAGGUUGUGGAUUCGCGAAAUGGCGUUGUGUGCUCAAUAUCGGCUCGCACACUCCAUCACACUUGGGAAUGCUCGAGAAUGCGAAUGUUUUGGCCAGAUAUGCUUCUAUUUGCCAACAAGCCGGACUCGUGCCAAUCGUCGAGCCUGAAGUGCUUCAAGAUGGAGACCACGAUUUGGAUAGAGCUCGAAGGGUGACAGAGCAAGUGCUUGCCUACACCUAUAAAGCACUCUCCGAUCAUCAUGUCUACUUGGAGGGAACCUUGUUGAAGCCAAACAUGGUAACUCCUGGUCAAUCAGCCACAAAACGAGCCUCGCACGAGGAAAUCGCUCUUGCCACCGUUGAGGCUCUUCGAAGGGGUGUUCCAUCUGCUGUCCCUGGAAUCACUUUCCUUUCUGGAGGCCAAUCGGAGCUUGAUGCUACCGCUAAUCUUCAUGCUAUCAACAAAGUGAACCUUUUGCGUCCCUGGAAGCUUACUUUCUCAUAUGGACGAGCCUUGCAAGCGAGCGUGUUGAAAGCAUGGGGAGGCAAAGAUGAGAACAUCGAGAAGGCACAAAAGACACUCCUUCACAGGGCUCAAGCUAACGGUAUGGCUGCUAUGGGCAAAUAUGAAGGUGAGGAUGCCGCUGGAGCUGCUGCCGAAUCCCUCUUUGUCGCCAAGCACUCCUAU